UCUGUGCGACGUCAAUAGCAAUUAGCCUAUAUACGGUUGUCUAAAUUAGGCUUGCUGGAAAAUUACAAAUAAGAUGAAUAGCAUACUGCUUAAUAGCAUAUUGCAAUAUUUUGUGCGCGAACUCAUGACAACGAAACAUUAAAAACUUUCCAUUCUCAAAAUUUUAAUUUUAACGUUUGGCAGCUAGACUAGCUAGCCCUACCUAGACCAGUCAAAUUACUCACUAUCAACGCAAUAAAUUAGUCUGUCUCGCUAAUGUUAAUGUUAUCUGAAGAGAAACACGUUUUCGACUUCACUGCAUGUAAUGUUAGCUACCCACGAACUUCAGCGAUACAGUAAGCAAGCUAAAGAAGGGACCUGUGAAUUAGAACGGUCCAUAAGUCUGUAUCACAAUGCCCAAAAAGAAGGAGAAGGUGGAGAAGGUUCCGGAGGCAGAGGCUGUGCUGGAUCCUGAGGCAGAGCCACCUCCACCCCCAACAGAGACAGAGAGAGAGCUCCAGCUGCGGAGAGAGUAUGAGGAGCUGACAGACACCCUGAACGACCUGAAGAGAAGAGUGGAGCAACUACGCUGUGAGAACGACCUGCUCCAGAGCGAGGCUGAUAAAAUGCAUGUGGACAGCAGGGAGUACACGGCGUACGUUUCCAGCCGGACCCAGAAGCGCCAGAGCGCCAUCUCCACACUGGACGAGCAGAACCAGCUGGAGCUGCGGACGCUCCGCGACCAGAGGGAGCAGGAAGAGGAGAAACACUCGCAACAGGCUAACGACCUGAAGAGGCAGCUUCUGGAGAGGGAAAGUGAGCUGGUUUUGCUAAAGAGCGAGAUUGAUGAGAUUGGUGAGAUCAAGAAGCUGCAGAGGCAGCAGCUGGCUCGUAUAGCAGAGCUGCAGAGGGAGAUGGACGUGACCAACAGUCAGUACACAGGGUCCAUCCAGGCGCUCAGGGCACAGUUCUUCGCUGAGAAGCAGAAGUACGAGGCUCAGGCACGGGAGAAGGUCCACACCCUCGCCCUCGCAGCCAAUAAGGAGGCCACGCAGUGCCUGAUCUCGCACACGCAGCAGGUGUCACAGGAGAACCAGUGGCUGCGUAAGGAGCUGCAGCAGCUGAUCCAGCGGGCACAGGUGCUGCACGACCACCAGGAGCAGCUGCAGGCGCAGCGUCAGCAGCUGCUGCUGGAGCUGGACUACAUGCAGGACCUGCGGCAGCUGCGGCCCGCUCACACCGCGGAGGAGCGCUGCCAGCAGGAGGCCGCGUGCUCCCAGAGGGAGGCGCAGGACCCCUUCUCCCGCCCCGACCCCCUGGCAUUCGCCCGCAACCUCACCGCCAUUACACAGGGAGCAGAGCAGUAACCCAUUACAGCAUCACCGCCAUUACACAGGGAGCAGAGCAGUAACCCAUUACAGCAUCACCACCAUUACACAGGGAGCAGAGCAGUAACCCAUUACAGCAUCACCGCCAUUACACAGGGAGCAGAGCAGUAACCCAUUACAGCAUCACCACCAUUACACAGGGAGCAGAGCAGUAACCCAUUACAGCAUCACCACCAUUACACAACCCACACACACAACCUUCCCGCCAUUACACCUGUGCAGGAGCCGGAUAGCACAAGCAGUGGGCGGAGCUAAAUCCCAUCAGCAACUUCAAUUUACAGACAGUCAAAGGCUGACAAAUAAAACUUGUUUUGGUUUAACAAUUAA